AUGACCUUCAACAACUAUGCUUUUUACCACAAUUGUUAUGGCCGGUCCGCCAGCAGCUCGCUACCGUCUCGACGGCAGGAGCUGCACGGCACCCGCGCUCCUUGCCCCUACCCGGAACCGUGGACUUCACGUACCCCGCGCCCGAUUUCAGACCAAACGCUGCGGGACAAAUGCAAUACAAGGCACUUUGGAAAAAGGCAAAGCGCACGAAGUGAGCCUUCCCCGGGGCAGACCCCGCCGCGCUGGCCUCCUGCGCGGUGCCGCCUCAGCCUGGCCCCUCGCCUGGAGGGGCGAGGACGAGUCUCCUACGACCGCCAAGGGUUGGAAGUAUUGUUUUAUUUCCUAGGUCAGGACAAGCUGUUCUUUGAAGAUGGAAGUUACUGUGAGGGCAAGUUUGUCAAUGGAGAAAUCAUGGGGAAUGGAUUUCAAUACUGGGCAUCGACAGGAAGCACUUAUUUUGGUCAGUUUGUGUUUGGAAAGCUCCAUGGACACAAAAUAUUGCAAUAUAAAGAUGGUGGGAAAUAUGAAGGAGAGCUCUUCUAUGGAAUGAGAGAAGGAGACUCAUACUUUGGCCAAAUUCAGAGAUGGAAUGAGGAAAAUUAUGAAGGAGCCUGGAUUCUAGACAAGUGUCAAGGUCAUGGAAUAUUGCCUUGUGCUCUUGGAACAGUAUAUGAGGGGCAGUGGAGAAAUGACGUAUUCAAUGAACGGGGUGCUAUAGUUAAUUGUUCUGGUGACAUCUGUGAUGGACUGUGGAUCAAUGGUUACCCUGCUGGCUGCAGGGGGAGAAACCGUGGUGGAGCAGGUGUUUCUGUGCAGCCCAUGAAGAGGACCACAGCGGAACAGAUAUACACACUGCAGCCCAUGGAGGACUCCAUGCCAGCAAUUCUGGAUUUACACUGGCUGAUUUACCAGUCCCUAAGGGAGAUAGAGCCAGAAUCUGGAUCUGACACCCUAUAUGGAGCAGGAGAUGCUUCGAGCAGCCAGCAUGGACUUCCACUGAUGUUUAAGAGGCUCCUAAAUAAACAAGGGAGCAAAAUUCUGCAAGUGACUCUCUUGGAAAAGAAAGGAGGCAAAAAGCCAAGUGGCAGGAUAUCUGCUGAGAAAGCUGAGAAGAUGACAGUCUCACAGGAGAAAAUGGAAGACAGCAGAGCGCUUUUCCCCUCCUUCAAACGAAGUAGGUGUGGGAGGUUUCACUACACCUUUAAAAUUGCCAUCAGAUCUACUACCUGGAGAGAUUCACCUCUUAAUGGAGAAUCAGACUGGCUAUCCCUAGAGCUAAAAGAGACAGUGUAUGAAAGAUCUCACAUGACAUCCAAAGAAUACAAGCUACAAAAUGAUCAGCACCUCAUAAAGAAUUUGAAGACAUUACAAGGCCAGUAUGUGCUUAUGGUCCGUGAAGUGACCAUGCCCCCAUUCUUGGGCCAGACUCUCCCACCUGCCUUCAAACUCUUGAAUUUUUCCAGAGAAAACCAAAACCAAGAACAAAGAUUCUUUCAAAGUCACCAGCAAGUGAAAAGGAUCAAACCCCACAGCCAGGGCUCUUAUCCAAGGCACACUGAAGUCAAUGGAAUUUUUCCCAUUGAAUGCAGUGGAAGCUGGAUUCAGUCUUUGCAUCCCAGUCUCCCUUGUAAGGUUUUUCAUGCAGGAACGGGGCUUCAGUUUUGAAAAUUAUAGUCUUCUAAUAGCCAAGAAAAUAAUUGACUUGGAGACCCAUGUCGUGGUCGUCAUCUUACUAUUAACAUUUUAGAAGAAGAAAAGAGAUAU